AUGGCCACCAUUGACACCAUUGCUGGUCGAUAUAACUUAACAGAGGACUGUGAUGAUGAUGCUAUCGAGCACUUUUCUUGGCUGAACAAUAGUCUCUUUGCCCUGCACGACCCGCACACUUUUUCGUGCCCGGUUUUUGGCAUCUUUUUCUCGCACUCGAAAGCCACACCAAAGUUACUAGCUACAUCGAAAAGAAAAGUAAAUAAAAAAUCGCGCUUACGUGUCCAGGAUCUUCAGUCAAGGCAUCAACUACACUCUGGCAGCUAUCCAAACAGGCUGCUAUAUGAAGAGGAGUCAAGCCACCGGGCCCCAUGGCAUCGGGCCUGA